CUCCAUUUCCGAUAUGUGGGUGAGGUGCUUCCGUUCGGAUGUACUCAUACAGAGCAAUAUAUCGAUAGCUUGCCGGUCAAGAUUGAAGGGAGACCCUCAUUUCCGAUAAGACUAGUCAGAUAGAUAUAUGUACCAAGCUCAUGCGCAUAUGACAUACUAGAACCCACAUCAUUCCCCACACUCAACAGCAACCGUCGGAACUGAGAUUGGAGAUGGUCGUACUCUAUGCGACCAUAUGCACCCUUUCCCAUCAUCGGAAGUGUGGUACACAUCCGCUAUUAUCCGUCCGUGCAUAGUGAAGAUAUAAAGCUGGCACUCCCGACCAUUCUAGCUUCCAUCAUCUGCCCCUGUUCUCACCUGUAUAUUUACAGACCCGUCUACAACAUAUAUGACCCCCAGAGAACCUAUGACCUUCCACCAAAAAUAACCAAACUUAAACAAAGCCAACAAUGCUUGGUAAGAUCGCGUUCGAGGAAGCUUUUGCGCUUCCCCGCUUCGAAGAAAAGACACGCUGGUGGGCAAGCCUAUUUUCCACUGACGUCGAAACCCACGUCAAAGAGAUCACCGAUAUCAACAAGAUCCGCAUAGAGCACGCAGACAAGCAUGGCGUCGGCUACCAGAUCCUCUCAUACACGGCCCCUGGCGUACAAGAUAUCUGGGACCCCGCAGAAGCACAGGCCCUAGCUGUGGAGAUCAACGAUUACAUCGCAGAACAAGUUCGCGUGAACCCCGACCGAUUCGGUGCCUUUGCUACACUAUCCAUGCACAACCCCAAAGAAGCAGCCGACGAGCUCCGUCGCUGUGUCGAGAAAUAUGGCUUCAAGGGCGCCCUCGUAAACGAUACCCAACGCGCCGGCCCCGACGGAGACGAUAUGGUCUUCUACGACCAACCAGAGUGGGAUAUAUUCUGGCAAACGUGCACGGAGCUCGACGUACCCUUCUACAUGCACCCGCGUAACCCCACGGGCACAAUCUACGAGAAACUCUGGGCUGAUCGCAAAUGGCUCGUGGGCCCGCCUUUGAGUUUUGCGCACGGCGUCAGUCUACACGUGCUAGGGAUGGUCACUAAUGGUGUAUUCGACCGGCACCCCAAGCUGCAGAUCAUCAUGGGUCACUUGGGCGAGCACGUUCCCUUCGAUAUGUGGCGAAUCAACCAUUGGUUCGAGGAUCGGAAGAAGUUGCUAGGUCUCGCGGAGACAUGUAAGAAGACGAUUCGGGAUUAUUUCGCCGAGAAUAUCUGGAUCACGACGUCUGGACACUUUUCAACGACUACAUUGAACUUUUGCAUGGCGGAGGUUGGGUCCGAUCGGAUUCUCUUCUCUAUUGAUUAUCCGUUUGAGACUUUUGCGGAUGCUUGCGAAUGGUUUGAUAAUGCAGAACUGAAUGGGACGGACCGGUUGAAGAUUGGGAGGGAAAAUGCGAAGAGGUUGUUUAAGCUUGGUCCUUACAAGGAUAGCUCUGCUUAGAUUUGCUGUGUAUCUGUCAUGUAUUCCCCCUCCUUUUCCAAGUAGGCUUCAUUGUUGAGGGUCCUCUCGUAGAUACAACCAUGAAUCACCGUGUUUCAGCCAUCUGUCAAUCAUUGUUCCCUCAAUUUUGUAAAUUUGUAGCUUUCUUUGGGUGUUUCUCCUUUUCUUUCACCCUUUUCCUUUUCCUUUUUCUGCUUACCGCUUCACAUGCUCGAAAGACAGAUUUAAGGGACAAAAAGGGGGGGAAGCAAAACAGAAGAACCCAUCAAAGCCUGAACGUAGGUUCCCGCCAGCCCAUGGGUAUUAAACCUGAAUACGAGAAUCAACAUGCCACAACACAAAGCCCUGUCCCAGCGCGUGGA